ACCAAUCAGGUACCAGCAAACAGACUUCUGGAGUAAACUUCCUUACAAAGGCUCAUCUAGCUUCUGAUACAUUUCUUAUAAAUCAAACUUCCAGGGGAGAGAACAAUGAUCUCCAAAGAUAAAAUCCUUCUCUUCCUGCUGUUUUUGCUAACUUUGGGGAUCAUCUUUCAGGAACUUGUCGAUAGGAUGAAUCAGCCGAAAACACCUCAUCAGUCCCGUGAUCUUCAACUGUCAGACUGGUUUAGACCCAGAAGACGCCCAUAUGUUAAAACAGUAACUGACUGGCUUGCUCCUAUCGUGUGGGAAGGAACUUACCGUAAGUCAGUCUUAGAGGAUUAUUACAAAAAGAAGAACAUCACUGUGGGUUUGGUGGUGUUUGCUUUUGGAAGGUAUCUUGAUAACUACUUGGAGAAAUUCCUUUCCUCUGCAGAGAAGUACUUCAUGGCUGGUCACAAUUCAAUUUUUUACAUCAUGGUGGAUGACUCCUCCAAGAUGCUUUGGAUAGAGGUGGAUCCCCUUCAUACAUUCAAAGUAUUUGGAAUCCAGGGAGCAAAAAGAUGGCAAGACAUUAGUAUGAUGCGCAUGAAGAUCAUCUGGGAGCACAUUGUAAAUCAUAUCCAGCAUGAAGUUGACUUCCUCUUCUGCAUGGAUGUGGAUCAGGUUUUUGAAAAUUACUUUGGUGUGGAGACCCUGGGUGAGUCUGUGGCCCAGCUCCAUCCUUGGUUUUAUAAAAAGAAUGUCAAUGAUUUCAAAUAUGAAAGGCGGCCUUUUCCUACAGCAUUCAUACACAAUAACACCGGAGAUUUCUAUUACCAUGCAGCCAUUUUUGGUGGGACACCCCUUCAGGUUUUGAAACUCACCCAAGCUUGUGACAAGGGAAUACUUCAGGAUAAGAAAAAUGGCAUUGAGGCUGUGUGGCAUGAAGAAAGCCACCUGAACAAGUAUUUUUUUUCUUAACAAACAAACCCACUAAAAUAUUAUCCCCAGAAUAUUGCUGGGAUUAUUCAUUAAAAGACAAUUCUGAUAUUGAU